CUUAUUCUUCUCUUAAGCGAUUGAUCUUCUGGCUACUCCCUUACUUGAGGACGUCAUCAAUUUAAGUUUCGCCAAGAUCUCUUCCCCUUUGGCUUCUCCAAACCAUAUUCCUGUUGUUCGAUCGACAACAAUUCUUCGAAAUGUCAUCGACUUUUCAAUUUCCUCCUACUUAUGUUUUUAGAUUUCUUCUUGAUGAUAAGGAAAUAAAAGAGUUGGAGGAUGAAUUGGAUAAAUUUAAUGCUUUGCGAUACACAGUCCAGGAAGCCCAGGUUGGACUUACUAAGAUUCCAACAAAGGCGAGAGUGGAAUUUGAGUUGAGGAAGCUAAAGUUUACAACAGUGGAUGUCACGAAUGUUGAAAAAAAUACAGAAAACUUGGAGCAAGUGAAGCCUGAGGUGAAACAAGUCGCGGGGAAGAAGAGGAAAGCUGGAAAUGGGAAGAAGAAACAGGUGCGGAAAAGUACAUUGAAUGAAAAUGGAUAUGAAGUCAUCGAGCUUAGUUCCAGUGAAGAAGAUGAUGGGGAAGAAGAUAAUGAGGAAGUUAGCAGGAAAAAGUUGAAGUCAGCUGACGGGACAAGUUCCGCAGUACCAACUGCAAGUAUGUAUGAACGAGAGACUGUCAAAGUUCAACUGGGUUUCAAAAUGCCAGAUGCUCUGAAUGUUCAAAAUACUUUCAAGGUUUUGAACAAAGAUUGGUAUUUUGAUUCAGUGAGAGAGGGCAGGUUACUCCCAAUGGAUAACUACCUGAUAUAUGAAGGACAGCGAAUAAUGGAACCACCGAAAAUCCUCCCAUCAGAUAUUCUUACUCGCGCAGCAGCCGAUCUUAAAAGCUACCCAAAUCCCAAAUACAAUCACCAUUAUCGACACCAACAAUCAAGCAAGCCACUCACCCGGCCUACCUUUCUCACACAAACCACCUCCGAACAUGACGAUCCCGAGCAUUAUCCACCUCUACCAGAAUACCUCAAAACACAAUAUUCCUGCGAACGACCCACUCCAUUAACAUCACCAAACGAUGAUUUCCUCACCCAACUCCAAUCGAUCAAGUUAAAACGUACUUUAGACGGCGACCGAAUCGGCGUUCGAGCAUACAGUACCUCCAUUGCUUCCAUAGCAGCAUACCCCUAUGUCCUCACGUCACCCAAUGAAGUCAUCCGUCUCCCCGGGUGCGACCAAAAAAUUGCAAAUCUCUUCCUCCAAUACCAAAACACAGGCACCAUAGAUGAAGUCAUCGAAUUCCAAAUUAACCCACGCAUGCAAGUUCUCCGUCUCUUCUACAAUAUCUGGGGCGCAGGCGAUGCCACGGCCCGCCAUUUCUACGAUAAAAAUGGCUGGCGCGAUCUCGAUGAUAUCAUCGAAUAUGGCUGGGACAAACUAACACGCGUCCAACAAAUUGGCGUAAAAUACUACGAUGAAUUUCUGCUUCCGAUUCCCCGCGCUGAAGUCGAGGAAAUUAGUUCCACUGUUCUUUCUGAAGCGAGGAAAAUUGAUAAAGGAUAUCAAAUGGUUAUAGUAGGAGGAUACAGGAGAGGGAAAGAAAAUUGUGGGGAUGUGGAUCUUAUACUCACGCAUCCGGAUGAAAAAUUCACGUUUAAUUUUAUAUCGGGAUUAACCGAACGAUUGGAAGAGCUGGGAUGGAUUACAAAUGUUUUAUUGGAAUCGAUACGGAAUUUAGAGAGAGGACAACAUGCGGUGGAUUUGAGCCGUGCGGAAGGUGAAAGGAGUCGUGGGGGUUUUGACACGCUGGAUAAAGCUCUAGUCGUUUGGCAGGAUAUUAAUUUUUCCCAACCCUCUCAACCUCUCCCUCAACCCUCUACAUCUCAAACUACACGGCCCAAAAUCAAAAAUCCAAAUAUUCACAGAAGAGUCGAUAUCAUUAUAAGUCCGUGGAAAACAGCAGGCGCAGCGAUAAUUGGUUGGUCGGGUGGCACAACUUUCCAGAGAGAUUUAAGGAAAUAUUUUAAGGAGAAGAAAAAUUGGAGGUUUGAUAGUAGUGGGAUUCGCGAUCGGAGGACGGGGGAAUGGAUUGAUUUAGAGGGAUGUGUGGAGGGGAGUGGGGAGGGAAAAUUGAGAGAGAAAGAGAUGGCGGUUUUUAGGGGUGUAGGCUUGGAGUGGAGGGAGCCGUGGGAGAGGUGUACUGGGUAAGCUGGGGGAAGGGGACCGUAUAGCGGAGUGUGGAAGAUAUGGAUUAUAUGUUAUGGGUUUAGUUUAUUUUUAUUCUAUGGUGAUUAUAGCUAGUACUCCUAUCCAUAACAGAGAGCCGAGAAAGUCGGUAUCCAUUACUUCUCUUCUCUC